CGGAAGUGGGCGAGACGAGUAUUCCAGUCCCUUGAGAUUCCGGGUGUAGGUUCUUAAGACCUUCUGAGGAGUGUUUUAGCCUACUGGAGGGACCAGGAGGCUUGAGUCACCUCACCCGGAAGAGCGAGCUUCUCCGGUGAGCUCGUGCGGCUCUGGGAGAACCCGGACGUUGCCUGGUAGAGCCCAUCCAGAAGGCGGGGUCUACUCUGGCUGGAUGGCGACCUUAGUUUCUGUACUGCUCUGACACUUGGGAAGCUUGACCAUGGCCCUGCGGGCAGUGUGGCUCAUACGUCACGAACCAGGAACUCCACUUGGUGGCACCGUCAGAUUCUCCAGACGAUAUCCAACUGUUGAAAAGCGAGCCAAAAUCUUCAAUGGAAUGAAUUAUGUUCCUGUACCUGAAGAUGGUCCCUUUCUUAAAGCAUUGCUCUUUCAACUUAGAUUACUGGAUGAUGAUAAGGACUUCAUGGAGAGGCGUGAUGGCUGUUCACACAUCAAUAAAACAUCCAUCUAUGGGCUUUCAGUAGGAGGUGAAGAGCUCUGGCCAGUCGUUGCCUUCCUGAGGAAUAGCAUGAUAUAUGCAAGUGUUCCGUUAGUUGAACAAGCUCUGUCCCCUCGCCCACCUUUAAUUAGCAUUAGUGGAGUCUCACAAGGCUUGGAACUGCUAUUGGGGAUACAGGAUUUUCUUUACCCGAGUCAGAAAAAUGACACUGACCUAAACACAAAACUGAGUCAGUUGCCUGACUUGCUUCUACAGGCUUGUCCUUUGGGUACGUUAUUGGAUGCUAACUUGCAGAAUUCACUGAAUAGCAUUAAUUUCCUAUCUGUGACUCAGCCGCAAAAACAGCCAGCCUGGAAAGUUGGAGCAUACAAAGGAAAAGCACAGAUUUCUAUUUCUAUCACUGAAAAAGUCAAAUGCAUGCAAUAUGGUAAACAGGACAUAGCAGACACAUGGCAAGUUGUCGGAACAGUCGCUUGCAAGUGUGACUUGGAAGGGGUCAUGCCAGCUGUUACCAUCAGCUUGAGUCUCCCCACCAAUGGGUCUCCACUUCAGGAUAUUAUUGUUCAUCCCUGUGUGACUUCUCUGGAUUCUGCCAUUCUGACUUCUAGUAGCAUUGACACAAUGGAUGAUUCUGCAUUUAGUGGACCGUAUAAAUUUCCAUUCACUCCGCCUCUAGAGUCAUUCAACUUAUGCCACUACACUUCUCAGGUUCCUGUCCCACCAAUAUUGGGUUCUUACCACAUGGAAGAAGACGGAGUACAACUGAAAGUAACAGUUAAUUUAAAACUACAUGAAAGUGUGAGAAAUAAUUUUGAAGUCUGUGAAGCUCACAUACCUUUUUACAACAGAGGUCCAAUUACCCAUUUGGAAUACAAAGCUAGUUUUGGUCAACUUGAGGUAUUUCGAGAAAAGAGCUUACUAGUCUGGAUUAUCGGCCAGAAGUUCCCCAAAUCAAUGGAAAUUAGUCUUUCUGGAACUCUAACUUUUGGAGUUAAGGGCAAUAACAAGCAGCCAUUUGAUCACAUUUGUAUUGGAAAUACAGCGUAUAUAAAGCUUAACUUUAGGAUUGCAGAUUAUACACUCACUGGAUGUUAUGCAGAUCAGCAUUCAGUUCAAGUUUUUGCAUCAGGAAAGCCAAAAAUAAGUGCAUAUCGGAAACUAAUUUCUUCUGAUUAUUACAUCUGGAAUUCUAAAGCACCUGCUCCAUUAACAUAUGCAUCAUUGUUACCAUGAUUUUUUUCAUAUUCAAAAGGAUUUAUAUGAUGGUAACAUUCUAUAGUAGAAUCAUAGUAUUUAUUUUUUUACAUGUAUUCCCAUAACCCAUGACUGAAAAAUUACUGAGUGGUUUCUUUAUGAAAACAUUCAUAUCUUACAUUUAUAGUCUGAUUCAGUGUAAAAGAAUAUUUUCAAGGCUAAUGCCCCGUUUUAUUGUUGUUGUUAUGCUCUGAUUUCAUGCCAGUAUGACUCAGAAUAUAUAAAAGCUGUGAUUGGCUUUGCUUAAGUCUAGUCUUGAGUCUCUGUACCACAUGUUCCUUCCUGUUCCAUGGAGAGACAGUGCUUCAAUCAGAGUCCCUUCCUUGAGUAAGAGCUUAGCCUUCUCCUAGUGCAGGUUCAGUCAGCCAUCCUAUAGUGACUUUUUUUUUUUUAAUCUAAAGAUCCUGGGGACUUAACUGAUACCAAAUUUAGAAGCCAGAAAAAAAACAUUAAUUGCAGAAUAAUAUUUAAUUAAACUUAUUCUGG